AGGGGCGCAGCUGCAGCAGGUGAGCCGAUUAAAGCGCUUCCUCCCAGCUGAGGCCGUGAGUGCGGAUGAUCUGCGCGGGCCGACAUGGACCUGCGCUUCUUCACUUGUGCACUUUUCCUGGCGAGUCUAUGCGGUACCGGAGGCCAACGCUUGGGGUGCCCCGAGGGAAAGUGGCAGUGUGAUGAUGGACAGUGCAUCUCUAAAGCUUGGAGGUGUGAUGGACGGGGAGACUGCCUUGAUGGUUCUGAUGAAAUGGACUGUGCCGAGGUUUUGGGGUCAGAGUGUCCCUCUGGCCAGUUCUCCUGCCUGGACUCUGUCGGCUGCGUUAAUGCCUCUGCUCGCUGCGAUGGAAAGAUCCAGUGUCCGACCGGGUCUGAUGAAGAGAGCUGUCCACCCACCAGGGGCUGCCUAGACUCUGACUGGAUGUGUCGAAACGGCAUCUGCAUCCCAAAGGAACUGCGCUGCAACCAAGAAAAUGACUGUAUGGACAACUCUGAUGAGGACGACUGUGGUGCGUGUGGUGAGGGCAGCAUGCUGUGCCCGGAGGGGAAGUGUGUUUCUCCUGAAGAUAUGUGUGACGGGCAGCUUCACUGUUCAGACGGCAGCGAUGAGCCAACAACCUGCGGCCACAUCUGCUCCAUGAACAACGGCGGUUGCAGCCACCGGUGUACCGACGAAUCCUGGGGGUCCCGCUGUGAUUGUCCUGCUGGCUUUAAGCUCUCUUCAGAUGGUGCAAUCUGUGAAGAUGUGAAUGAGUGCGCUUCUGCCUUUCCUCCUUGUGCGCAUUACUGCAAAAACACCAUUGGAUCCCACUUUUGUCACUGCAAAAAAGGUUUCAAACUCAACGACGGCUCCACAUGUCUUGCUUUAGGUAAUGCAUCCCGACUGCUGACUGUACAGAGAAGCACUUUAGGGCUUUUGAAUGUAAAAUCUCAGCAGUUUAGCGUCCUCCAGACCUCAGUGUCGGAUGCAGUGGCCUUAACCUAUGACAUCGCCAGAGGAUGGCACUACUGGGCUGAUAGCCGUGGGAGCAUCUACAAAACUAUUGGACAGCAAAGCCGGGCGGUCUACACAGGUGAGGCUGGGAUCCAGGCGCUGGCUUGUGAUUGGCUGAAUGGAUACCUUUACUGGACCAAUCUGAAGAUGGAGUCGAUCUACAUGCAGAUGCCUGAUGGAAGUUACACAACUCUGCUAAACAAAAAUGUCAAACCGUCUGGGUUGGUUCUUCUGCCUGUUGAAAGUUUGAUGUUCUGGAUCAAUGCGGGUCCAGGUGAGAGAGUGACCAUUGAGAGGUCCUGGAUGGACGGGUCAGACAGAAGCACUCUGACGGUCCUGACUGCGCAGUUUGCUCACAGCCUCACAGCUGACGUCGCUGCCAGGAGGCUGUACUGGAUCAGUGACUUCAAACGGUCCGUAGAGACUGUGGGGGUGGAUGGGACUGGCCGUUACUCGUUUCCAGGAGUGUUCAGCCGGAGGCCCGCUCUGAGCCUGGCAGUGUUUGAAAGCAUGUUCUACUGGGUCGACAGCAGGGGACUGUGGGAGGCUCCACAAAACAAGCCGACCAAACGCAAGUUUCUGUGGAAAACCGGAGUUCCCCUGUUGACGGUCUACCAUGAGCUUCAGCAACCUAAAGAAUCUUCUGCUUGUGCAAAGGCUCCAUGUGAACUCUGCCAGCUGACUAAAAACAACCUGGUUGGAUUCACCUGUGCUUGUCCAGAUUCCAAAGUGCUGUUGCCAGAUGGGAACUGUGACUUUCUGAGGUUUAUUUAUGCUACUAUUACAACAAUCAACUUGCUGGAGUUCGAAGGUGGACAUCACACUGAAACCCAGCUCUUCACCACGGAUGAUGGGAUUCUGUCCUUUGAUCUUGACUGGUACAGAGACUGGCUCUACUGGGCCAAUGAAACGGGUCAUGUCAAACGCAAAAAGCUGGCCCAAGUGCAGAUUGAAGUGAUCCCAAUGCCUCUGCCUGUUUGUCUGAUAAGUUUGGACCAGCAAAAUGAAAAUCUUUAUUGGGUGUCAUGUGACCAAAACACCAUUGGCACCACGACUGGUGGUAAAAACUACCCCAAGCGCCUGUACCACACAGCACUGGAAAUAUCCAGCCUGUACCUGGACUGGUUGAGGAGUAAACUGUUCUGGAUGGAGGAAGACCGACUCUACAGUAUGGACCUAUCAGGAGGCAAAGCUGAACUGCUGCUGAAAAUAGCAGAAGGGGUCAGAGGUGACAUUGCCUUUGACCUCAGAGCCAGCAGUCUGCUCUGGAACUCUGAAAGAGGAGGCCUGGUAACACUAAGUUUGUUAAAGGAGAAAACCCACCAAGCGGGAAGGAGAUGGAACGUGUCUGGCUCUGUAAUGGCGGCUUUUGAGCCCUUCCUGUUGUGCUCUUCUGAUCAUGUGAUCACUCUGUGGAACCGGCGCAAUGGGAGCGUCAUGCAACAUGUCAAGGUUAAAGGUCAAGUUAUGAGUGUAAUCCCUGCACUUGGGAAUGUUAAAACAGUGCCUGAUCCUCCUGUGUGCAACGAGCCGUUCUUGUUGUGCCGACACUCGGCUCUCUGCCUCCCAAACUCCCAGGUUUGUGAUGGGAAGAGGGACUGCCCAGAUGGAGACGAUGAAGAGUUUUGUGUGGUCACAUGUCCAUCCAAAGGGGAAUUCAAAUGCAAGGACAGAAGAUUUUGUAUCUCUGGAAGCCUCGUGUGCGACGGCCGUUCUCACUGUCGGGACGGCUCAGAUGAAGUGGACUGUCCCACUGUAGCCUCUCCUGUGACUCUAAAAAAUAUCCUCAAGUGUCGGAUGGGGUCGAAGCCGUGUGAAGACGGCACAGAAUGUGUUUUAUUCAGUCACGUGUGUGAUGGAGAGCAGGACUGUAAAGAUGGAUCGGAUGAAUUAGGCUGCGAAACGGAUGUUGGGCCAUCAGGUACCCGCCCUCCGACUGUGCCAGCCUGCAGCAGCCCCUCUGUUCUCUGCCCGUCCACAGCCACUCAUGUCUGCAUUUCUCAAAGUCAGUUUUGCAAUGGUGUUAAAGACUGUCCCGAUGGCUUUGAUGAACAGAACUGCUUGGAAAAGUGUCUCUCAAGGACUGAUUUUCUCUGCAAGGAUCGUAGAAGUUGCGUUUCAAAGAACCAAGUCUGUGACGGCCGCUCUCAUUGCCACGAUGGUUCAGAUGAGGUCAACUGUGCCAGUGAAGGUCCACGAGCUCCUCAGAAAGCUGAGCUGAAGUGUCGCUUUGGCUCCAAGCUGUGCAGAGACGGGACGGAGUGUGUCCUCCUGAGUCACGUCUGUGAUGGAGAGGACGACUGUCAGGAUGGAUCGGAUGAAGAAGAGUGUGAUGUUCCAGAGAGUAAGACUGCAGGAAAAGACCUGAAAAAAUCCCCUCCUAUCGUCCAGUCAGUCACUGAGGCUCCCAAAAAGCCAGCAUGCAGCAGCCCUUCAGUUCUGUGUCCAGGUUCUUCUUUAUGCAUCAAACCCACACAGAUGUGUGACGGAAGGAGAGACUGUCCUGAUGGAUCUGAUGAGAAAUGUGUCAAAAGAUGUCCCUCUGCAUCCGACUUUCGCUGCAAGGAUCGUAGAAGUUGCGUUUCAAAGAACCAAGUCUGUGACGGCCGCUCUCAUUGCCACGAUGGUUCAGAUGAGGUCAACUGUGCCAGUGAAGGUCCACGAGCUCCUCAGAAAGCUGAGCUGAAGUGUCGCUUUGGCUCCAAGCUGUGCAGAGACGGGACGGAGUGUGUCCUCCUGAGUCACGUCUGUGAUGGAGAGGAUGACUGUCAGGAUGGAUCGGAUGAAGAAGAGUGUGAGAAUAAAGCUGCAGAAAAAGACCUGUCAGUCACUGAGGCUCCCAAAAAGCCAGCAUGCAGCAGCCCUUCAGUUCUGUGUCCAGGUUCUUCUUUAUGCAUCAAACCCACACAGAUGUGUGACGGAAGGAGAGACUGUCCUGAUGGAUCUGAUGAGAAAUGUUUGAAAAGAUGUCCUUCUGCCUCUGAGUUUCUCUGCAAAGACCGUCAGAGCUGCGUCCUCCAGAGUCAGGUGUGUGAUGGUCGCUCCCACUGCCUGGACGCUUCAGAUGAGCUGAACUGUCCGAGCACAGCUCCUCUUCCCAAAUCUUCAAACACGCUGAAAUGCCGUUUUGGAUCGACCCUGUGUCGAGAUGGAACAGAGUGUGUCCUCCUGAGUCACAUCUGUGAUGGAGAGACGGACUGUGAAGAUGGAUCGGAUGAAGAUGCAUGUGAUGCUGCUGCAGAGAAAUCACCUUCCACAUCUGUGAAGAAUGAUGUCAUGAGUUUGUCUCCUGCACUGAUCCCGUCAGUCACUGAGGCUCCCAAAAAGCCAGCAUGCAGCAGCCCUUCAGUUCUGUGUCCAGGUUCUUCUUUAUGCAUCAAACCCACACAGAUGUGUGACGGAAGGAGAGACUGUCCCGAUGGAUCUGAUGAGAAAUGUGUCAAAAGAUGUCCUUCUGCCUCUGAUUUUCGCUGCAAAGACCGUAGAAGCUGUGUCUCCAGGAGUCAAGUAUGCGACGGGCGAGCUCACUGCAACGACGGCUCAGAUGAGCUGAACUGUGCUGGCGAGGCUGCAGCUGCUCCUCAGAAAGCGGAUCUGAAAUGCCGCGUGGGCUCCAGACUCUGUCGGGACGGCACGGAAUGCGUUCUGUUUAGUCACGUCUGUGACGGCGAGCCAGACUGUCGGGAUGGAUCCGAUCAGGAAGACUGCGAUGAAGUGGAGAAGGCUGCAGAGACUCCAAAGCCGUCCUGCAGCUUUCCUUCCGUUCAGUGUCCGGAUUCGACCAUUUGCAUAAACCCGGCACAGUUGUGUGAUGGAAUAAGAGACUGUCCCGAUGGAUCUGAUGAGAACUGCGUGAAAAACUGCGCAGAUGAGAGUGACUUCCUCUGCAAAGACCGCCGCAGCUGCGUCUCAAAGUCUCUGCUUUGCGACGGGCGCUCUCACUGCUAUGAUGGCUCAGACGAGGCCAACUGUCAGAGCGUGGCGGCCCCUGAAUCCAAGUCUGCUGUGCUGCAGUGCCGCAUGGGCUCAAGGCCAUGCGAUGAUGGCAAAGAGUGCGUCCUGUACAGUCAUGUCUGUGACGGGGAGGAAGACUGUCUGGAUGGAUCGGAUGAAAAGGAAUGCCAGGAAACCUGCAAACAAGGAGAGUUUCAGUGUGCUCAUGGGAAGAUGUGCAUCCCUGAGUCGGAGGUGUGUGACGGACGGCCGCAGUGUCAGGAUCGGUCUGACGAGCUGGACUGCUGGGAGAAAACGAAGAGCUGCGAGUUCCGCUGUGCUGAUGGCAAACGCUGCAUCCCACAGAAAUUCCUCUGCGAUGGAGAGAUGGACUGCCUGGAUGGCUCGGAUGAGGUGGAAUGCGACUCCAGUCCUCUUGCCCCAACAGGAUCUACGGUUCCCACCUCAGUUUGUGCCGCUCCUUCAGUUCUCUGCCCGGGAUCUCCUGUCUGCGUCUCUCAACAGCAGCUGUGUGACGGGCGAAGAGACUGUCCGGAUGGAUCUGAUGAGGAGAGCUGUGUGUUUAAAUGCCAAAAUGCAGAGGACUUCUUAUGCAGCGAUCACAGAAAAUGCGUCUCCAAGAUCCACGUGUGUGACGGACGUUCUCACUGCCCUGAUGGAUCUGAUGAGAGGCAGUGUCAGACAGCGGACCUCAGCCCGACCUCCUCUCCAAAUGUUCCCCGCGUCCGAACGGAGCCUGUGAAAUGCCGGAAAGGUUUCAAAGCGUGCAAAGACGGUUUGGAGUGCGUGAUGUACAGCCACGUGUGCGACGGAGAGCAGGACUGUAAGGACGGCUCAGACGAAGAGGGAUGUGAGACUCGGUGCAAAACAGGUGAGUUCCAGUGUGCCCAUGGCAACAGAUGCAUCCCACAGAAAGGGGUGUGCGACGGACAGAGGGACUGUCAGGACGGCUCUGAUGAAAUAAACUGCUCAAGUCUGACUGAGGGCUGCAAUCACCGCUGUGACAACAAAACUCGCUGCGUACCGCAGACCUUCCUGUGCGACGGCGAGCGAGACUGUGCCGAUGGUUCGGAUGAGGAGAAAUGCGGUUUGGUUCCCUGUUCGCUUUACCAGUUCCGCUGUACCAGCGGUCAGUGUGUGUCCGAAGCUCUGCGGUGUGACGGCUAUCCUGACUGCAGAGACCGCUCCGACGAGGCGGGCUGCGCCAAACAACCGCGCUGCCCGGCACAGCUGCGGUGCCCGCAUAGCCACGAGUGCCUGCAGGAAGAGUGGCUCUGCGAUGGGGAGGAAGACUGCAAAGAUGGAUCUGAUGAAAAGAACUGCAACGCUCCUCCAGCAAAGUGCAGAGACCACCAGUGGCCGUGCAGAGACGGCAGAUGCAUUCCUCUGUUCUGGAGAUGUGACGGGAAGGAGGAUUGUCAUGAUGGCACAGAUGAGGAAAAAUGUCUGCAGAGAAAAUGCCCCCCUCAUCUUUACCAGUGCGGCAGCGGCGAGUGCCUGGACCCUAGCUUGGUGUGUAACGGCCUCACAAACUGUGCUGACCGUUCAGAUGAAGGUGUGGAAUGUUCUCACCACAACUGCUCCAGUCCAUCAGCUCCUCUGUGUGACCAGCAAUGCAUGAGCACUCCCAGAGGACCGAAGUGUUACUGUGCUUCAGGGUUCAAACUACAGUCUGGCACAGUGUUCUGUGUGGAUACUGAUGAGUGCAGUUCAGCUGUCUCUCCAUGUAAGCACAGCUGUGUGAACACCAGAGGGUCUUACACCUGUCACUGCCACCCGGGCUUCUACCUGGAGCCGGACAACAAAAGCUGCAAGACGAGAGACGAGCCUUUGCUCCUGGCCUCGGUGCAGUCAGAGCUGUUGCUUCUCGGCGUUCACAGCGGCACCUUGAAGCUUCUCUCUACUGCUAAUCGGCCCGUCUUCUCUGUGGACUUUGACUGGACUCAAAGGAGAGUUUACUGGCUGAGCCCGACAUUCCAGAGCAUCCGCUGGGCGGACAUGAAAAACUCCAACAAAGGAACUCUGAUAAAAGGUGUGAAGUCAGAUGCCAUCGCGGUUGACUGGGUUGGUAAGAAUCUGUACUGGGUGGAAGGACUGGUUGGCCAGAUUUUGGCGGUGAAGCUGGGGACUUCCAUAGUCCGAUCUCAGGACCACGCUGUGGUUCUGGGUGAAGACCUGGAGCAGCCGAGCUCUCUGGUGCUGCUUCCACACAAAGGGUUCAUGCUGUGGUCUGAGAUCGGCAGCUCCCCACAGAUCAAGCGGGCUGGAAUGGACGGGUCAAAGAGAAAGGUGUUGGUGAGCCACGAUUUGAGUUGGCCAGUGAGUCUGGCCUAUGAUUUCCUUGACGACCGGGUGUACUGGGCUGAUGAGAAGCUGCACUGCAUUGGCUCAUCCACUCUGGAUGGAGAAAACAUAAAGAUCCUUCAGUUGGCUGAAACUCCAAGUCCAUUCUCAUUGGCGGUUUUCAGUGAUCGUAUUUUCUGGUCUGACACCAAGAGAAGAGCCAUCCGCUCAGCUGACAAGAAGACUGGGAAAGAUCAGAAAGUUCUCCUGAAGAGGCCUGGACAGCCUUUUGGACUGAGGGUGAUGCAUGCCCUUUCCCAGCCAGCUCUGCCCAACCCCUGUGUGUACCUCCACUGCUCCCACCUGUGUCUCCUGGCUCCUGCAGCUCAAAGCAAAUCUGGGGCAGCGGAAUCCCCUGCAGCAGUCUGUCGAUGUCCAAAGGGCCUGCUGCUCUCCCAGGAUAAGAGGACCUGCUCUCUGCCUCAGGAGUCCUCUUUCAUCCUGCUCUUGUCUCAUCACACAGUCUAUCAGAUAUAUUUGCGCUCCAUGCGUCAUGAGGGAAUCGCUCUGAAAAAAAUGCCCAACGGUCGAGAUUUCCCCCUAUCUGGAGAGAAAGAGCCGCUGGGGCUGGACCUCUCCAUUCCUCAGCUCUCUCUGUUUGUGGCUUAUGCCAAAGAAUCUGUCAAUGUGUUGAAACUAAGCAGCUCCGAUUCCAAAGCAGGACUCUCACCGGCCGGACAAAUCCUGACACUCAUGCUGAAUGAGUCGGUCACAGCACUAGCAGUCGACUGGGUGACGUCCAAUCUGUUCUGGAGCAGCAGCGAGAGGCCUGACAUUCACGUCACGACGCGUGAAGGCCUCACAACCUCACUGCUUCAAAGAUCUCUGAUGGGCAUCUUUUCCAUCGCUCUUCAUCCUCUCUCGGGUAGGUUGUGCUACAUUGCAACAGUAAUGAAGGAGCGGAAAGGUCAGACGGAGGUGGACUGUGCGUGGAUGGAUGGGCAUAACAAAGCAGUGCUGUGGAAAAAGUCCAGUGUCCCCAUUUCCCUGGUCUUUUCCAUUGAAGGAACAGUCAUUUACUGGGCUGACUCUGGUGAAGGCGUAAUUGGCUCUAUUGGUGUGGAUGGUUUGGGGUAUCAGGAGUACAAAACGGGGUCCAAUCUGCUGGUCUCAUUCACACGCAUUGAGAACAUCUUUAUUUGGGCUGCCCGAGACAAAGAUGUGACCAAACUGUGGUUCAGUGAUGGCCUGCAGCCCAAACAACUGUGGUUCGAGACAAAGACCACAGUGCUGGAAGUCAGAGCCUACAACGAGAGCCAGUCGGGUAAGGAUUUCAAAGACAUUGUUUCUGGAAGAAGGAAGACGAGAUGUAUCAAAUAUAUAUGCACCCAGGGACGGAGCUAGUACACUUUAUAUGGAAGGGGGCAGGAGAGGAGGGCAGGGCAGAAAACUUUGGAAGGGGGGCAAAUGAGAAUAGCUGUCUGUGGCCAUUACAAAUAAAAAGAUAACAAUUACAAAUAUCAGUGUUAUUAGUAUUAAAAUGGCUUUUUUAAGAGCAGGUGAUGUUUCUAACAUUAAAAGAAGCUUGUACUGAUGUCUUAAUCUUUGUCAAGAAUUAUGCCAAUAACUAAAAAAUGCCCAGACAGAACAAUGUUUACCAUGUUAAUGAUCUGAACACUUUUGUUAGAGCUUCUCCAUUUAGAAACUAUGCAAUACUGUAUGCUAUUAACAAUCAUUAUUUCAUCAAUACAUUCUAAAGUUUGUAAUUGUACAAAUUUGUCUAAAUGUUUAAACUCAAAAUUGAACUGAGUGGAUCAAGAGAAUAGAAAAAAUAAAA